UAAUCAAUCAAUCCAUCGAAUAGAACGAACCAGAAAUAAUAUUACUACUAAACUUCUUCUUCUUUUUGUUUCAUAUCAUUUCAUUUUCGUUUCUUUCUUCUCUCUCUCUCUCAUCACUCAUUCCUUUAAGUUCAAGAUAAUCCAAUCCAAUUCAACACGUUUGUUUUUUCCAUCUUCCACCACUCAAGGUUAGAUUUCAAUUAUCAUAUAUUCUUCUAUAACGCAACUGGGUUUUCUUUAAUUACCAUUAUUCAAUCCAAAAAAUUAUUUUUUUCAUAAACUCUUUGCGAUCGGAUCCGGUUGCAGUUGUUUGACUCACUAAGUUUUUUUUUUUUUUGGUUAUGAAGAGACUGUUAAAUGGAUUUUGCGGCAAUUAUUCUUUAGAUUAAGUGAGAACCAAAUUAUCCCAAAAGUUGUGUUCUUUAGGUUUUUUCCUUUUUUGUUCUUGUUGAAUCUUUUUUAUUUAGCUUGGUGUAUAAGGUUUUUUAAUUUGGAAAAAGUUAUGAUGUAUUCAUUUAAUGUACAGAAUUUAAACCAGUUUGAAUUGAUACUAUGUGCCUGUCAAUUUCAAGUGGAACUUUUUUGCUUUUUAGCCAUCCAUUUUUUGUUAUCCAUGUGAAUGAAAUUCUUUUAAGUAUUAUAGGCUUUAAUCUACACACAAUUUUAGCUUUUAAAACUCGGUAUCCGGCCUAAGGAGUGCAUAAUCUGGAGACCAUUCCCACGGCCCACUAGCCGGGGCCCAAUUGAAGUUAGAGUUUUGCUCUGUAUGGAUUGACCCAACAUAGGAAUUGACACUGACAGGAUUCGAACUUGAGACCUUGAGAGGAGCACACUCUGAGGUCCCCAAGUCUUCCUCUAAUUUUGGUCUUACAAACACAUUAAAGUCAGGCUCAAUGAUAGAGGAGUUAUUCAUAAUUAAGCACUGAAAUGUCCUGUAAUAAUUUUUUUUAUUAAGUUCAUUGUAAUUGAAUCUUAUUACAAUUACAAAUUCACAAUGUUAUUAAUACAGUAGCUGUUGUCUUGGGAUGGUUCUCAUAUUUGUGCUCUAUUGUUACAGUUCGACUUUAAACCUGUCGGUGUAUAUCUCUAAUGCGAUCAGUUGAUGAAUGAGAAGAGGAAUCCAAAGCGUCAAAAACCACUUCCUUUCAAAAUGCCUGUGACAGAUUUCAAUGAUGUGCAAAAUCUUGAUGACGGCAUUCUUUUCCCUGUUGAAGAGAUCGCGCAAUAUCCAUUGCCUGGAUAUGUAUCACCGACUUCAAUAAGUUUUAGUCCAGAUGAUAGUUUGAUUUCUUAUUUGUUUAGUCCUGAUAAUACAUUAAACAGAAAGAUUUUCACUUUUGAUCUGAAGACCAAUAAACAAGAAUUGUUAUUCAGCCCCCCUGAUGGCGGACUUGAUGAGAGUAAUAUUUCUCCAGAAGAAAAGUUGAGGAGGGAGAGGUUGAGGGAGCGUGGUUUAGGAGUGACGCGGUACGAAUGGGUGAAGACGAACUCAAAAAGGAAAACAGUCAUGGUUCCAUUACCUGCUGGGAUUUAUUUCCAUGAUAUUUCCCAUUCAAAAGCAGAGCUCAAGCUUCCAAGUAUACCAGCUUCACCCAUUAUUGAUCCACAUCUGUCUCCAGAUGGAUCUAUGCUUGCUUAUGUAAGAGACUACGAGUUGCAUGUUAUGAAUCUCUUGUCUAAUGAAUCAAAGCAGUUGACCCAUGGCGCGAAGGAAAAUGGCGUUACUCACGGGCUCGCUGAAUAUAUAGCACAGGAGGAGAUGGACAGAAAAACUGGAUAUUGGUGGUCACUGGACUGUAAAUAUAUUGCCUUUACGGAAGUUGAUUAUUCUGAAAUACCGCUUUUUAGAAUUAUGCACCCAGGUAAGAGCUCAGUUGGCACAGAUGCACAGGAAGACCAUCCAUAUCCUUUCGCAGGAGCUUCAAAUGUUAAAGUACGUCUUGGAGUUGUUUCCAUAGCUGGAGGCUCCACCACUUGGAUGGAUCUUGUCUGCGGGGGUGUGAAAGAAUUAGACAACGAGGAUGAAUAUUUGGCGAGAGUUAAUUGGGUGCAUGGAAAUGUUCUUACUGCUCAGAUCAUAAAUAGACACCAGACUAAAAUAAAGAUUGUUAAGUUUGAUAUUAGAACAGGAGAAAAGAAAGUGAUAUUGGUAGAAGAAAACAAAACUUGGAUCAACAUACAUGAUUGUUUCACACCUCUUGAUAAAGGAGUUACCAAGUUUUCAGGUGGAUUUAUCUGGGCUAGUGAGAAAACAGGAUUUAGACAUCUCUAUCUUCAUGAUGCAAAUGGGAAUUGUUUAGGACCCAUCACUGAAGGUGAAUGGAUGGUUGAGCAAAUCGCCGGUGUGAAUGAGGCAACAGGUCUAAUAUAUUUCACCGGCACCUUAGAUAGUCCUCUUGAAUCCAACUUAUACUGUGCUAAACUUUUUGUCGAUGGAACUCAACCACUUCAAGCCCCUACCAGACUUACACAUAGCAAGGGAAAGCACAUUGUGGUCCUUGAUCAUCAUAUGCAAACAUUUGUUGAUUUACAUGACUCCCUUAGUUGUCCGCCUAGGGUAUUACUUUGUUCGUUAGAGGAUGGAAGCAUAAUCAUGCCUUUGUAUGAACAGCCAAUACCAAUUCCAAAAUCCAAAAAGCUUCAACUUGAACCUCCAGAGAUUGUUGAAGUACAGGCUGACGAUGGCACUAUCUUAUAUGGAGCUCUUUAUAAGCCUGAUGUUUCAAGAUUUGGACCUCCACCUUACAAAACCAUGAUCAAUGUUUAUGGCGGUCCAAGUGUACAGCUUGUUUCUAACUCUUGGCAAAAUACAGUUGACCUGAGAGCACAAUACUUGAGAAAUAAAGGCAUCUUAGUUUGGAAGUUAGACAAUAGAGGAACUUCUAGACGAGGGUUGAAGUUUGAAAGCUAUUUGAAGCACAAACUUGGACAAAUCGACGCUGAUGAUCAGUUUACUGGAGCAGAGUGGCUUGUCAAACAAGGGCUUGCAGAAUUUGGUCACAUUGGGUUAUACGGGUGGAGCUACGGAGGGUAUCUCUCCGCUAUGACACUGUCAAGGUAUCCAGAUUUCUUCAAGUGUGCUAUAGCCGGUGCACCUGCUACAUCGUGGGAUGGAUACGACACAUUCUAUACAGAAAAGUACAUGGGACUGCCAUCUGAAAAUAAAUCAGGGUAUGUAAGAGCUUCUGUGAUGAACCAUGUGCAUAAGUUGAAAGGACGGUUGUUGCUUGUGCAUGGCAUGAUUGACGAGAAUGUACAUUUUCGGCACACUGCAAGGCUUAUCAAUGCACUUGUGGCAGCUGGAAAAACGUACGAGCUGAUAAUUUUCCCAGAUGAGCGACAUAUGCCUCGGCGAUAUAGCGAUCGAGUUUAUAUGGAAGAGAGGAUGUGGGAAUUCAUAGACAGGAAUCUGUGACAUUAUACAUUUUUCGCGCAUUUUUAUUUUCUUUUGUUCGAUCGAAUGAGCAUUGUAGUUUCUCAAGUUCUUUUACCCAACAUGUAAUAUUGUUUUGUAACUUGUUAGCUUCUUUUACCGAAGACCAUUGGCCAUUUGGCGCAUUUCAUUAUACAGGAAAAAAAAAAACUUCCAAUUAUCACAUUA